AUGACUGUUAUCACCAUGACUGUUGUCAUGGUGCGCAGUUCAGCUCGCAAAAAGAGCGAUGACGACGAAAAUAAGGACGACGAAAAGAAGAAGAAGAAAAAAGGGAAGUGCGAGUUCUACUCGUCGCAGAACGUUCGAGAUUACUCCUCGCACAUCCUGUCUGAGGUACAGGACAUAGAGGGGCUGGUGGGUGGAGCUAAGGAAGCGGAGACUUGUCCGUAUUAUUCUACUCGGGCAGCUGUUCCGGAAGCGGAGGUGGUCAUGUUGCCGUAUAACAUGAUACUACACGGGGAUCAGAGGAAAUCUCUUAAUAUUAGGCUUAAAGAUUCUGUGGUUAUAAUUGACGAAGCGCAUAAUCUGAUAGAAACGAUAAAUGAAAUUCACUCUAUAACGAUACAUGAAAAGGAUUGUAUUACUACUCAUCGCAAACUUGCUGUAUACCUCCGAAAGGUAAAAGCUAGGUUGAAGCCGAUCAAUCUCCUACACUGCAAGCAAGUUAUACACUGUGUCAGUCUAUUGGCAUCAUCUUUCAAGAAGAUUCAUUUUCAGAAGGCACCUAGAACUUAUCUUCUUACUAUCGGUGACUUUCAGACGAAAUCCGACUUAGCGGAUAUAAACCUCUUCGAUCUAGUAAAGUACAUCCGUGAGAGUCACCUAGCUCAAAAAGUCCAGGGUUACGAGGAUGACGUCAUCAAACCAACAACUGACGUCACAAUUCACUCUACAUCUGUCCUUGUGGAGAUUUCAUCAUUAUUCACGGCUCUAACAAACGCUGACUCUGCGGGACGCGUCCUCGUGGUCUGUGAAGCUGAAGGUUCCUUUGUCCGUUAUAUCUCUCUGAACAGCGAAGACCCCUUCUUACCCCUCCUCCGGGAGUGCAGAUCUGUUGUGCUGGCUGGUGGGACCAUGGAACCUGUGGGUGAAGUGCAGCAGCAGCUCCUCGCUUCCUCUUCACGUGACGUCACCUUGUUCAGCUGUGGUCACGUUAUUCCUCCGCAGAACCUUCUCCCGAUAACACUCUCCCACGGCAAAGAUAUGGAGCUGGACUUCUCAUUUGAAGGAAGGAAGAAGCCGGGAACGUUCCAAGAAGUGGGGAACAUUCUCUUGGACCUUUGCCAGGUUGUCCCUGGAGGCUUGGUCUGCUUCUUCCCUUCCUAUAAAAGUUUGACGGACUGCAAAUCGAUCUUCCAAAAGUCCGGACAUGUUGAUAAGAUCUCCAAGAUUAAGACGUUAUUCUGUGAUGAAGCUGGAAGCAAGAACUCGGACGGCAUCUUGGAACAGUACUCAAAGAGGGAGUUAAUUGAUUAG